GUUUGCCGGCUUACUUGCGAGCUUGCGAGCGACCUUGACGCCAAUGGCGUCCUCGUCUCCCACUCCGACGGCCCCUCCCGACCCUCCCCCGGCGCCGCCUGCGGAGACGGCGUGGGCGCGCGCGCUCCGCAAGCUGCUCCCCGCGGGCGCGCCGCUCCCCGACGAGGAGCAGCUCGACUACUCCUUCUCGGUCGACCUGGCUGGCUCGGAAGCGGAACGGCCGCUCCCCCGCGCGUCUGCUGAUGGCCCGCCCUUGCUCCCCCUCGCGCGGCACCGCCGCCGCAUCUCCCGCCUCCUCCGCCCGUCGCCGCCUCGCCGUCGUCACCCUCCUCCCCGGCGGGAGUCCUCGCCGCCGUCGUCCUCACCGGAGGCCGCGUCCCCGGCGUCCUCCCCUCCGCGGUGUUCCUCUUCGUCACCCCCUCCUCCUCCUCCUCCGCCGGUAGCGGCUCCGAAUCCGGGAAGCAAGCGGCGGGGGGCGUGCGCGAGGUGCGGGAAGGGGGGCAUCGGGAUGGGGAUCCUCGGGGAGCGGGAGGAGUGCCUCGCCUGCGGGGCGCGGUACUGCGCCGGGUGCGUGCUACGGGCGAUGGGGUCCAUGCCGGAGGGCCGCAAGUGCGUCGGCUGCAUCGGCCAGCCCGUGGCGGACGCGCGGCGGCGGGCGCGGCUGGGCAAGGGGUCGCGGCUCCUGGCGCGGCUGCUCGCGCCGGCGGAGGUGCGACAGGUGAUGCGCGCCGAGCGCGGUUGCGCGGCGAACCAGGUUUGGCCGGGGGAGAUCCUCGUGAACGGGCGCGGCCUCUCGCAGGGCGAGCUGGAUCUGCUGCUCGGCUGCGCCGUGCCGCCGGAGCGCCUCGCGGCGGGGCGCUACUGGUACGACAAGGACUCAGGGCUGUGGGGCAAGGAAGGCGAGAGGCCAGAUAGAAUCGUUAGUUCAAAACUGAGCAUUGGAGGAAAACUGCAAACAGAUGCUAGCAAUGGCACUACGCAGGUGUUCAUAAAUGGGCGGGAGAUUACAAAGACUGAACUCAGGAUGCUUAAGUUGGCCAAUGUACAGUGCCCACGAAAUACUCAUUUCUGGUUGUAUGAUGAUGGCUCGUACGAGGAGGAGGGACAGAACAUAAUAAAAGGAAAUAUUUGGCAAAAGGCAUCAACCCGUCUUAUUGCUACCCUUUUCUCACUGCCAAUCCCUCGUGAUUUGAAAGAAGAUACUUCUUUGUACUCAAGUAGGUUUGUUCCAGAAUACCUGGAGCAGAAACAAGUCCAGAAACUUUUAUUGGUUGGACUAGAAGGCUCUGGUUCAAGCACGAUCUUUAAGCAGGCAAAGUUCUUGUAUGGAACUGAAUUUUCCCCAGAAGAAAUACUUAAUUUGAAGCUCAUGAUACAAAGCAAUGUUUACAAAUAUCUCAGCACCCUGCUUGAAUGGCGGGAGUGCUUUGAGGAUGAGGCUUUGGAAGAAGAGAAGGAGCUUGGCAUAAUUAAUCAAAAGAGCGGUGGGGAGCUGAAGGUAGUGCAGAACAAGUCAUCUUUGUAUUCACUGAAUCAAAGACUGAUGCACUUUGCCAAUUGGUUGCUCGAGAUAGUUGCCCUGGGUAACCUUGAUGCUUUUUUUCCUGCUGCAACGCGAGAAUAUGCACCCAUUGUUGAGGAGGUUUGGAAAGAUCCUGCUAUUCAAGCCACAUACAAAAGGAAAAAUGAGUUGCACUUUCUUCCCGAUGUUGCCAGUUAUUUUCUUGAUAGGGUGGUUGAAAUAUCCAGCAAUGAAUAUGAACCAACAGAGACAGAUAUCUUGUAUGCAGAGGGUGUAAACCAAUGGAAUGGCCUCUCUGUACUUGAAUUCACGAUUGAUGACCGAGGUCUGCUCCCUGAUUCGUACGCUGACAAAGCUGGCAAUCCAGCCAUAAAAACAAAGUAUCAGCUGAUCCGCAUGAACUCCAAGGGGCUAACUGGAGGCUUCAAGUGUCUUGGAAUGCUGGAGGACAUCCGCGCCAUCAUCUUCUGCAUCUCUCUUGCGGACUAUGACCAAAUGUGGGUGCAGAGCUCAGGGGAGCCCUGCAACAAGAUGAUCGCCAGCCGGGACCUUUUUGAGGACGUGAUCAGGCACCCAUCCUUCGAGGACACCCCCUGCGUGCUCCUCCUCAACAAGUACGACGCCUUCGAGGAGAAGAUCAGCAGGGUGCCCCUGACCGUGUGCGACUGGUUCGCCGACUUCAGCCCCGUCAGGCCACACCAUACCAGCCAGACGUCCCUGGCCAGCCACGCCUACCACUACGUCGCCGUGAAGUUCAAGGACCUCUACUCCUCCGUCGCCGAUGGCCGGAAGCUGUUCGUGUUCCAGACGAAGGCACUGGAGCGGCGAACCGUUGACGACGCCUUCAGGUACAUCCGGGAGGUGCUGAGGUGGGACGACGUGAAGAACAGCGACGCCGGCUUUGGCAGUGCCGAUGAAUCCUCGUACAGUGUCGACAUGACCUCUUCGUCCUGAACUGGUGAGAUGUUUUGCGGUGCUUGGAAGGUAUGACGAUCUUCUUGCAUCUCCAAUCACCAUAAAACAUCUCUGGAUCAACCAGUAGUGGUAAUCUGCGUUAGAUGCUAUUGUGCUAGUCUUUUCAUGUUUGCCUUGUAUUGUACUCCAGUAGAUAUGAUCUCUAGAAAUAUUUUCACCCUCUUGUUGAACUUGGUCUAGUUUGAUCUGUUUAAUUAGUAGCAUUAUUCUUCCUGUAAGUAAAUAGAGAAGUAAUCUCUUUCGUAUACCUACACCGUUUCUGUCUAUUAGCUUUGUUCUCCCUAUAAAUGGAGAUGCCAAAUUUUAAUUUGCAUUAUUGCUUGUGCUUAUUCUU